CACAGAAAAAAUAUUCGAACUAUUUCUUGUUGCCCAAACAACCUCAAUCGCAUCUAAAUCAACGGAUCUAAUUAGCCUUUAACCCUUCUACAAAUACCGAGUCUGUUCUUAGUUUCCGCUCAUAAUUUUCUCACUCUAAGCUCCUUCGAAGCCUCUCACUUUCUCACUCUUUCACUCUCUCCAGAUCUAAAACUCUGAUUAAUGGCGACUAUCAAGAGCGUCCAUGCUCGCCAGAUCUUCGAUAGCCGUGGUAAUCCCACAGUCGAGGUUGAUGUGCACACAUCGAACGGAAUAUGUGCUAGAGCUGCUGUUCCUAGUGGUGCAUCCACCGGAAUUUAUGAGGCCCUGGAACUGCGAGAUGGAGGAUCCGACUACCUUGGUAAAGGUGUCUCAAAGGCGGUGAGCAAUGUCAACACUAUUAUUGGACCUGCCCUCGUUGGAAAGGACCCGACGGAUCAAAUUGCUAUUGACAAUUUCAUGGUACAACAACUUGAUGGCACUCAGAAUGAGUGGGGUUGGUGCAAGCAGAAGCUUGGUGCAAAUGCUAUUCUUGCUGUGUCCCUUGCGGUGUGCAAAGCUGGAGCUGCUAUACUCAAUAUUCCUUUGUACAAGCACAUUGCUAACCUAGCUGGCAACAAGAAGCUUGUGCUCCCUGUCCCUGCUUUCAAUGUCAUCAAUGGCGGUUCACAUGCUGGAAACAAACUUGCGAUGCAGGCAUGUCUCUUUUGUCUUGGUUGUGAGUUCAUGAUUCUCCCUGUUGGGGCUUCUUCUUUCAAGGAGGCCAUGAAAAUGGGUGUGGAAGCUGUUAUUAAGAAGAAAUAUGGUCAGGAUGCUACCAAUGUUGGAGAUGAGGGUGGGUUUGCUCCCAACAUUCAGGAGAACAAGGAAGGUCUUGAAUUGCUCAAGACAGCAAUUGCUAAAGCAGGUUAUACUGGAAAGAACAAUGAUGGCUCGCAGAAGAUCUCUGGUGACAAACUCAAGGAUCUCUACAAGUCGUUUGUGUCCGAAUACCCUAUUGUCUCCAUUGAGGACCCUUUUGACCAGGAUGACUGGGAGCACUAUGCGAAGCUCACUGCAGAAAUCGGGGCACAAGUACAGAUUGUGGGGGAUGAUCUCCUUGUCACUAAUCCCAAGAGGGUUGAGAAGGCAAUCAACGAAAAGACCUGCAAUGCUCUUCUUCUUAAGGUUAACCAAAUUGGGUCCGUGACUGAGAGUAUUGAGGCUGUAAGAAUGUCCAAGCGUGCUGGUUGGGGUGUGAUGGCCAGUCACCGCAGUGGAGAGACUGAAGAUACUUUCAUUGCUGACCUCUCUGUUGGAUUAGCUACGUUGUUGAGGAUUGAGGAGGAACUUGGGGCAGAGGCAGUAUAUGCUGGAGCUAGCUUCCGUACACCCGUUGAGCCCUACUGAACAAACCCAGCUGCUGCUGCUGUUAGAGACUGCACAAUGGAACCUCUCUAAGGCGCUUAAUAACAUCUUAAGCAUCAUGGGAGUUUUGUCUAUGACAUGUAGUGCAUUUUGACAGCUUGAGCAAUGUAUGAACUCUACUUUUUUGUUCCUUCCCCUAGAGCUCUGGGGUACUGCUUUUCAUCUUUAUGAAUCUGCUUUUCAUCUUAAAUUGCUAAGUAAAUUGGUAGAUUUUUGUUUGGAACAUGUCUUGCCUUGUUUU